UUUAUUAUUAGUGGUGAUUAUAUCAUUUCCUGUGUUAUGAGUGGGACGUGUGGCAAAAUGUUAAAAACUUGUGUUUUCUCCGCUUUAGUUCUUUUUAGCUUUACGAUAAAUGUACAGACACUAGAAAUAGACCUUACCGUAGAUGUGAAGGCGGGGUAUGAGGAAUGCUUUUUUGAGGAUAUAAAGAAACCAACGAGUUUUGAAAUCGAGUAUCAGGUCAUAGAUGGUGGAGAUUUAGACAUCAACUUUAUGGUGACAUCACCUCAUGGUAGAAUUAUGGUAUCAGAGCUCCAGAAAACAGAUGCCGUACACAAAGUUGAAGCUACUGAGGCAGGGGUAUACAAGGUGUGCUUUGACAAUUCCUUCAGUCAUUUUGCUAGGAAGCUUGUCUUCUUUGAAAUCAUCACUGGUGACGAUGAUGAUGAUGAUGAGAGUGAUGAGAAGAAGGACUGGAAGGCAGCACAGGAGGAGCUGGCAUCUAUUGUUGACAUGACUGUGCAAGAUUUUAAGAAUCUGCUGGACAAUGUUAACAAAAACCUCGACAAAGCCAGCUCAGAUCAACAAGUGAUGAAAAACUACGAAGCUCGAGAUCGCAACACGCAGGAAAACAACUUCCAGAGAGUGAACUUUUUCUCCGGUGUACAAGUGUUUAUUAUGAUUUCUGUAGCCCUAACCCAAGUUCUUCUCAUCAGGAGUUUAUUUGAGGACAAGAAUAAAAACGUGGUCACUUGUCAAAUAAGAAGAUUUUUGAUCCCCAUUCGCACCUGGCCAGGAGGAAUCAUACCAUAUGAUAUUCCAGAGAAGAGCUUUGAUGAGCGGUCAAGGACGUUAAUUCGGGUGGCCAUGAAGCGAUGGGAAAGACAUACCUGUGUUAGGUUCAUUCCGCUCUCUAAGCAUUCCCAAGGUCGAGUAGAGGAUUACGUCAGAUUCUACAACUCAACGACGUGUUUUUCUGACUUGGGAAAAGAUCGGAACCAGCAACCCCAGUUAUUGGGUCUUGGCAAGAACUGUAUGACCAUUCCCGUAAUUCUUCAUGAGCUUGGUCAUGCCAUUGGGAUGAUUCAUCCUAUGUCACGUGACGAUCGUGGACUAUACAUUGACAUCCGGGCCAAGAAUAUCAAACCCGAUUCCGACCGAAACUUCAUGACCAUAUCGAGAAGAGGUUAUCUUUACUUCACGUACGGUGUGCCAUACGACUACAAAAGCAUUAUGCACUAUAAUCCUUAUAUAUGGUCACAAAACGGAAAUGUCACUAUGGUAACGCGACAACCUGAGUACCAGUCCAUCAUAGGGAAUGCUGAUGACGUCAGUUUCUAUGACAAACUUUACAUCAACAGAGCUUACAGAUGUGGCCGGAACUGUAUGUGGUUGUACUGUGAGAACGGUGGAAUCGCUGGAGGGCGGUCCUGUCAGUGUAUCUGUCCUGAUGGCUACCAUGGAAGCCACUGCGAGAAACGCCUACCCGGGCACGAUAGAACUGUGAAUUGGAAAUGUCGAGAAGGAUGGAUAUCCAGAAAUGGAUUUUGUUACAAAUUCUUGUCUCAUGCGUCAAUAUCUUGGAAAACAGCCCGACAACUUUGUCAACAGAAUGGCGGAUCCCUCCCAAAAAUUCCUGACCAUGAAUCGCUGAACGUGAUGGGUGAAUUAGUUCUGGAGGACAGAGAUCUAAGUAGUACCAAAACAUUCUGGCUGGGACUGAAGUACAACAUGACUUCCGAAAGAUAUACCUGGACGGAUGGAAGUGUACUGCAACACACCCAGUGGAUAUCAAACAAGGAAGACUCGCCCUGUGCCGUCUUUAACGGGACUCAUAUAAUUAGCACUGGAUGUGAUCUGCAACCGGAAAAUGGCGUUUUGUGCAUGGCACCGUUUGACCCAUCUUGUGGUGGGAAAUUUUCCUUGCGGUAUCAAAAUGUUGACGUAAUGACACCGAAUUACCCCGAUGUUUACCCGUCAGAGAUCACAUGUCAAUAUGUUUUUACGAUCACCGGGGAUCAGCGAAUUGAGCUAACAUUUAAAGACUUCCUUCUGGAGUUUACAAAUAACUGUGAGAACGAUUACGUGGAGGUUCAACUUAAUCCUGACGUGUCUAUUCCAGGGAAAAGGUAUUGUGGUUCUCAGCUGAAAAGCAAAACUUUGGUAUCAGAGGGAAAUUUUGCUGUAGUUACCUUAAAGACCAAUGCUCGAAAUCCGGGCAGGGGAUUCCAAAUGUCGGCAUUCCCAGUCUUACGGAGUAGCAGUGUGUCUCAGCACUCCAGGUUCCCAGCAAACAUUCCUUUAUCGCUUUGGAGGAGGUUUGUCGAACAUUUACCGGGUAGACAUGGCCGCGGAUAAAUCUAUAAGUUUCCUUUACUGAACUGAUUCUCGUUUCAUUCCUUUUUGUUAUCAUAUCUCUGUUCAGAAGCAGAUUAUACAAUGUGUAUCUUAUCUAGUUUUAGUCCUACUGAGUAUAUUCAUGAUUCUUUUCUUCGUAAUAGCUUUGUAUACUAGUAUGAUAUGAUUAAUUCAAUAUCAUUUCUCUAAUGCUGUCUUUAUUCUGAUGCUGAGAGCAGUAGCAAUAUGUAAUGUUUUGCUUUCAACUGUUACUGGCGUAUACAUUUGUACUCCAAAGUCUGUUUGAACACAAAUAAUUUGUUGAUCUAAUUGCAUAAUAUUUUUACCAGCUUUGUUUAAUUAAAAGAAAGCUAAAA